UCUCAUAGCCUCGUUUGAUAAUUUAUGUAUUUCUGAUUAUUAAUUACACACAGCAGCGACUUCAGGCGUUGUCGACAAAUCGUAUGCGAAUAAUUCACCUUUUGGCAGUAGCGUAGCCCACUGUUCAUUUAGUCUACAAACAGGAAACCAAUCUGAUAUAUUGUUGCUUUGCGUCGUGUGAUAAAAGUUCAUAUAGCUAUGGAGUUGGAGAAUUUUAAAAGAGAGUUACAAGAAAACGAGAAAAUCAUUCAAGACAAAGACAAGGCGUUGCAAGUCAUGGCACAUACACUUUCCGAAACUGAGAAGGCACUACAAGCAAAAACGCAUGAGGUGCUGGAACUACAAAAGAUCAUAAGUAACAGCAAAAAGGAAGACGCCGCACUACAGUCAUCUGCUGUGGACGAAGACAGCCCUGACCCGGAUCCUGACCUAACUAUCAGAAAAACACACAGUCUGGGGAACCCACCUUUGAACCGGGAUUCUGACCGUCCUGCCAGAAAAAUACGCAGUAUGGGGAUCCCACCUAUAAUGGGGGAAGACAGCCCCAGUGAGGUCAGUUCUGAGUCUCCGGUUUUGCCUGAGCUGAGGCUGGUGCUGCUGGGGAACAGAGCAGAGGCCAAACGGGCCGUAGCAGAGGCCAUACUGGGCAGAGAGAGGGUUGUCACAGCGGUCAGCACCUCCAUCCAGGCCCAGUGCAGCGAUCGCAGACAGGGAGAGGUCGCGGGGAGGAAGGUGACGAUGGUGGACACUCCUGACUGGUUCAGCCCUGCAUUCUCUGAGAGGCUGAGGAAAGAUGUGCGACUGUGCAUGAAGCUGUCCAGCCCUGGGCCCCAUGUUUUCCUCCUCGUCAUUCCGGUGGACACGCUUGGAGGAGAGGAAGGAAAUAUUCCGGAUAAAAUGGAAGACAUUUUUGGCGAGUCUUGCUGGGAACAUACAGUGAUCCUCUUUACUAGUACAGAUGGAAUGAGUGAAACAAGCGUGGAGGAGCUGAUCCAGAGACAGAACCUGGAGCUCCUGGUUGAGAGAUGUGAGAAAAAGUAUCACCUCCUUGACCCCAAUGCAUGUGGGGCAAAUGAAUAUCUUCUGAAGACAAUUGAAGCAGUGGUGACUGGGAACAGUGGGGAGUUUUAUAACAGUCAACUGUACCUUGAGGCCGAGAACGUGCUCAGAGAGAUACAACGGAAGAAAGAGGAGAGGGUAGAGAGGAGAAAAAGGGUAGAGAAAGAAAAGGCGCAACAGCUUGAUAAAACUCUGCAGGACUCCUUAAAGAAGGUAGAGAAAGAAAUCAAGGAACGUGAGGGUGAAAUUCAAGCUCUCGGCGAAAGAAUGUCAGUGCUGGAGAGAAAGAUAGAAGAAGAGCAAGAUGAGAGGAAGAUUAGAGCGCUAGAAAGAGAACUGAGGAGGGAGGCUGAUCAGAGGGAACAAGUGGAGAAACAAAUGAGUGAGCUGAAAGAGAACAGUGACAAAGAAAGAAGGGAAAUGGAAGCAAAAUUCAAAAUGGAGAUGGAGGAGCUCAGAGAGGCACAUAAAAGGGAGGUCAGGGCUGAAAAAGAGAGAAAUCUAAUGAAGAUAGUCCUUGCUGGAUUUCGCAAGAGGACUAGCUCAACAAAACCCAUAAUGGAAAAACACUUGAUUCCUGACACACAGCAAUUGAUACCGAUAAUGAAAGAUGUUUUAGAGGGAAGGAGUGACGGGCACGAAAAAGAGAUUGAAAAGAUGUGUGUGGAUAUGGCCAAUCUAAGUCAGUCUCUUCUACAGAAGGUUCGCAGUUCAGCAAAGAUACAUUUCAAUACAGAGGAAUAGAAGCAGUAAAGUGUUUUAUCAUAACAGCUUUUUCUGCUCUUUUUAGUUUAUAGUUGCAGAAAUACUACUGUAGGUUAAUCACAUAAUGAAAGGCAGGCGUAUGCGUACGCAUUUUGGUGUGUGUGUGUGUGUGUGUGUGUGUGUGUGUGCGUGCGCACGGGAUUUUCUCAUUAUUAGAACAUUUUAAUCAUUUAUGUUUCACCAUGCUAGUAUUCGAUAGACUUUAAAACAAGCCUGGGAAUACCCAUAUGAACUUUUCGGCAAAUUUGGGAUUUGCUUUUUCAGGUCUAUCUGGCCAAGAGGCUAUUGAAGCCCAUUUGCAAUGUCCCUAAAAGGGGCAUGCAAAUACAAUCGCUAAUCCGGCAUAGACAUGUAUUUCUUUGGAACUGAGUAAACAACAAAAAAACCUUUGUCUACAAGAUUGCUGCACUUCUGAAAUGAUUUGGUAAGAGUUUAAUGCACCAAUUAUUAAAGCAACCUUUUCCAGACUCACUCUCAAUUGAGAGAAACGAGACUGCUUUAAAAUAAUAUGGUGGAAUAUAUUUUGGGUGAUUUACAGACCCACUAUGUGGCAUUAAUGGCAUUAGUCUAACGGUUUGUUGAUUCUGUAUACGAUUAUUAUUACAUUUACAUUUAUUCUUUUGGCAGACGUGUUGAUCCAAAGCGACUUGCCGCAAUAGAAUAACAUUCAAUCUAUUCACAUUUAGCAUUUUAAUGUAGCUACUGCUACGGCAAUUAUAUUAAGCUACAGUGCAGAGGAGACUAUAAAGGUGUUAAAUGUUUUUUUUUUUAAUCUCUGGAUGGUUCCAUGGAGAGUUGAAGGUCUGUGUUGAACCAUUACAUCAGGCGAAAGGUUCUUCACUUUGGAAAUGAUUCUUCAGAGCCUCAGAUCAUAAAGGGCUAUUGGCCUGUUGUGGCAAUGUAUCAUGCCACUCAUUAAAUGGUUCUUUAAAGAUGAGAGGAAGGAGGUAGAGGACAGGUUAUGUGCGUAUCAGGUGUGUGAGGUUGUCAGAAGUGGGAGAAGGUAUCAUUGAAAGAUAUAGGGAUGUCAGUAGUAGAGCGCCUGCUUUGCAUGCAUCGAUCCCUGGCAUCUCAAAAAUCGUCUGAAUGUCUUCACUCUCGAGUGGCAAGGGGACCACCCUGAAUAUUCUGUGAGAAUUUGAAUAAAAUAAAAAGUGAUCUGUUUUAAAACA